AUGUCGCUAGAAUAUCUGGAUAUUACUGCAACACCGAUUAGCUUAGUAGUGUAUUCGUUCCUUGGCUUGUUAUGUACAACAUUUCUCUAUGGCAUCUAUGGUAUCUUUUUAACAAUACUGAAAUUUCUUCGCUAUGGCCACAAGCGUUUCUUUACUCAAAUCAGUCGACCAGAACCACCUGUGAAAGCCACCGAUCGGAUAUAUGGUAAACAUGAAAUGCUCAAGCUUAAAUCAUCGGGCAUUUCGCUGCACUAUGUUUCGAAAGGUUUACCAAAUCAACAUAUGAUUCUCUUUGUCCAUGGCUUUCCCGAAUGUUGGUAUUCAUGGCGAAGUCAAAUGAAAUACUUUUCCAAAGACUAUCGAGUUGUUGCCAUCGAUCAACGAGGUUAUGGCGUUAGUUCUAAGCCACCUUUUGUUCAAGACUACCGACUGGAAACUUUAGCUGGAGAUGUUGCGGAUGUCAUCGAACAACUUGGAUAUGAAUCAUGUAUUUUAGUCGGUCAUGACAUCGGAGGUUUAGUUGCAUGGACGACUGCAAUGCUUUAUCCUCAUUUGGUCGAGAAAUUAGUCAUUAUGAACUGUCCACACCCUGUUGCGUUUCGUCAAGAAUUAACAUUCAGCCAAAUCCAACGAUCAUGGUAUAUGUUCUUCUUUCAAACCACGAUCAUACCUGAGUUGUAUGUCGAAGCUGAUGACUUUGCUUACAUCAAAGACGGCUUUCGUACAAAAUCGACCGGACUAGUUAAUCAAGAUUAUAUCACUGAUGGCGACAUUGAUAUCUACAAAUAUACAUUAUCUCAGCCCGACGCAACCAAAUGUGCACUGAAUUUCUUUCGUGCUCUCUUCCGUUAUCAAAGCGAUUUCUCGCGCGCUGAAGUUGUCGCACCCGUUCUACUCUUGUGGGGCCGUAACGACCAUAGAUUCGGGGAAGACUUUGCUGAAGCAAGUCAAAAAUAUUGCGGGGAUAUUCGUUUGAAAAAGAUCGCAGGUGGCUCUCAUUGGAUCAAUCAAGACAUGCCUGACGUGGUCAACAAACACAUGGAACUCUUCUUUAACGAGCCACCUCCCGCAGAUCCUACGCCAGAAUAUUAG